AUGUGGCAUACUCUCACGCGCCAAACGAGCGCGCUUCGCCGAAAACAUGUACACAGCCCUGUACAUCGCCAUCAUCGGACCCUGGGGGAUGUAUCUCAUGCAUCGCACCCCAGUCUGGUACUUUGGCACGCACGGAAUGUACGAGGGCUUCCCGCACCGCACCCACGAGGCAGGGUUCAAGUGUUAUUACCUCCUCCAGGCCGCCUUCUGGAUGCAGCAGGCCGUGGUGAUGGUGUCGGGCUUGGAAGCUCGCCGCAAGGAUUUCAACCAGCUCAUCGGACACCACGUCGUCACGGUGGCGCUUGCGGCGUUGAGUUACCGAUUUCAUUUUGCGUAUAUGGGUAUCGCGGUCUGCAUUACUCACGACAUCAGCGACUUUUUUCUUUCGCUAUCAAAAUCGCUAAACUACGUGGAGAGCAAGGCGCAGGGCUGGUCGUUUGGGCUGUGUAUCGUCAUGUGGAUUUACUUGCGGCACUACAUCAACUUGCGGAUCUUGUACUCGAUGCUGCCUGGGGGGUGUUCAGCACUGUUGGGCCGUAUGUGAUGGAUUGGGAGGCUGGACAGUACAAGUCCCCGCUGGCGAACGUCAUCACAUUUAGUCUGUUGGCUUUGUUACAGUCGUUGAAUAUGUUUUGGUUGUAUUGUUUGUUUAGGAGCGCUUACAAGUUUGUUGUUCUUGGGGUGGCAAAGGAGGACAGGUCUGAGGCUAAGGAUGAGGGGGGAGAUGAUACGUCGGUGACAGUGGUGGGCAACAACAGACCGACUCAAGGGUUGGCGCAUAGGAAGGGUGGGCGUCCAGAGUACAGAUGA